AUGUCAAAUUUGAAUUUGUUUGCAUCGAAACCGAAUCUGAAAAACAUUAUUUUACCCAUCGAUCAAAUUCUAGUUGAACAAAAAGAAUCGAAUGAUUCCUGGCAAGAUCUAUCAGAUGUAACAUCGACAUUACUAUCGGACAAUCAAAUUGAUUAUGUAUCGUCUGCGUCCAGUGAAAAAAAUGCAAAUAGUUGGGGAACAAUUCAUGAUUAUACGAUUCGACCAAAAUCUUGUUGUUUUCAGAGUGAACAAACUGACUAUUGUCGACUAGACCGAAAUGGUCAAUGGCUUCUCUUAGCACGUCGAAAUCUUGUUCAUAAUAAAACAAAUCAAGCGAUGACAUCUGAUAGUGACAAACAUUUAUCGAAUGAUUCGUUUUCAGAACCCAUCGAACAAACAUUUCCUGAUUCAUGUGAAAGUUUAAUGGUUUCGAUCGAUUUUCAUGUACCAACAGAUGAAUUAAUUGCAGAUAAUUAUGAUUUACAUGGAAAAAAUAUGGUUAAUUGGAGAGAGAAAAAACGACAAUUAGAAAAUAUAUCGUCUGAUAGAAAAAAUGACUUCACCGCAUGUAUUAAACCCAACCACGCUAAAGUAGCGAAUCAAUUUGACGAAGAAUUAGUUCAAGAACAAUUGCGUUACAACGGUAUACUUGAAAUAUCUUAUAUAAGAAAUCAAGGUUGGCCAGUUCGCUUUACAUUUGAAGAAUUUUUCCUGCGAUAUAAAUUCGUAGCCUAUCCUCAGAGUAGUCCAAUAAGAAUCAAUACGAUAACAUGUGAAAAAAUUCUCAAAGAUUUAUCUUUAACUGAUUAUAUUAUUGGAAAAACAAAAGUCUUUUUAAAGCUCGAACAUUUCGAAAAAUUAAAUCAAUGUUAUGAACAGUAUAUUUCAAAUAUAAUUAAAUGUCAAAAAGUAAUUAAAGGGUUUCUAGUACGCAGAACUCUUUUACGUAAAGCUAAACAUUUUGCUAAUGAACGUCAUAGUCUACUGAGUCAAGCACAUUCAAGCGGUAAACGAACACUAGAAAAACUUGUAUCUUUACCAAAAGUUUCACCUAAAUAUAUUAAACAGAUAUCAUCAAAAAUGGAUGAUAAACCUCGUCGUGCCGGCCAUUUUAUUAAGAAAAAAUCAAAAGAUAAGAAAAAACUCUCAUCCAAUGAUCCUCCUUUACUGAACGAACAAGAGCAUGAUGAUAUGCUUAAAGUAGCUAAAAAAUUACAAUUACUUGACAAAGAUGAAAUCAAACAAUUGCAUGGUGCUGAACAUCGAAUAACUUCACCUUCAAAUCAAUCAUUAAAACAGCAAGUAUCCGAUGACUACAAAUCAUCUUUAGAAGGUUUAUCUGAACGUGAAACUCGUACACUUGGUCCCGAUGAAUUUACACCAACAGUUAGUAAACAAACUCAUCAUGAUCAUUAUCCCAUGGGAACCAAUGUUAAAUCGGGACAAGGAUUACCAAAUACAACAUUUACAUUAGAAGCUCCAGUAAAAGCUCAUGAUGGUGUCAAGACGUCGAUGAUUCCGAAUAUUCAUGGUGCACCAGGAAUUAGUUUGACAACAGCUGAACAAUUAAUGCGACAAACGAAAGUUUCUGGAACAGGUGGAGAUUUAUUUAUGACUGAUUGGUCACUUGGACAAGAUGAAAAGCAACCAAUAAAAGCCACACGUUCAAAAUCAGAACCAAGAAAUUUACUAAAUGCAAUACACGAUGAAGAUGUUUUGUGCGAACAAAAACGUUUAAUGAUUAGAAAAAUUCUUAUGUUACAAAGACAAAAAUUUAAAGACAGCCAAGCACGUAAAGCACGUAAAAGUAAUGAAUUCGAAAAUUCCAUAUACAGCUUUGCGAAUGCAAAUCAAUCAUCUAAACUGGAAGAUGAAAAACCGCUAUUUGAAGAAGAUGAUUUAGAGUGUUGGGAUGCAGCUAGGACAAUGAAUGUUCAAGAAGCAUAUGAAACUACAGUUCAUUGCUAUCGUUUAUCAAUGCGUUUGUUAAAAAUUGCUACCUAUGUUGUACUCAAUAUUGGUAUACUAGUAACGGCACUUGUUAGUAAAGGAGCUUUAUUACUUAUGACAAAUUCAGUGGCUAAAGUGCAAGAGACACCUUAUCAAGAACGUUGGGUAUGGAUGUUAUUAAUAGCGGUAUGUGCUCCGUAUUUAUUUACAUUUUUCGACAGUCUGGGUAAAUGUCUAUUCGGUAAUAAACCAUGGCCAACAGUGAAAAUUUUUACCAUUGUGUUUUUAAUCGAAACUCUGCAUAGUUUUGGUAUAGCAAUAUUUGUUUUUCAUAUAUUACCUAAAUUAGAUGCAGCAAGAAGUUUACUCAUCAUGAAUGCUGUUUGUCUUGUACCUGCUUUUUUAAAAUUAUUUUUGACAAAAUCAAAUUCAUCAAUUGUUCAACGAAGCCUUUUAUUUUUAAUGGAUUUUUUUGCAUUUGUUAUGCAAUGUUCGUGUGUUGGAAUUGCCUUAGCAUCCCAAUUUUUAAAAAACGAUGGACCCAUUACAAUUCAAACAACGCUAUCAUCAUUGUUCUUGCCCACAAGUACAUAUUCUAUACCAUCGAAUCGACAUAAACGUCAGGAUGAUUUCAUCGGCCCGAAUCUUGACUUCUCUGGUGCUGAUCUCAGUGGAAAUAGUGAAAAUAUGCUAUUCACAACACCUGCUAGUAAUAUGAGUUCGAUAGAUCAAAAUCUACAAACUAUUUUAGCUGGUUUUCACAUUGAAUGGGAAUUACCUGUGGCUUUAAUACUUGUUUCACUUAGUUGGUGGGAGAACUUUGUUGAUCGUGAUAUUAAAAUUGGUGGUCGCACAUUGGUGCAUAUGAAAUUAUUGAAAGAAAAUAUUGUUGCAACACGACCUAAAACAUCAAUCAUAAUGACAUGUUGGAAAAUUAUUGUUACUGUUUUGUUUGCCUAUAUAUUUCAUCAAGGUAUAUUCAAUACGUCGGUUAUUUUUCCAAUGAGCAGCAAUAAUGAACAAUUAGAAGAUCCAUUACCAAAAUUAUCUCUAGGACAAAAUUCUUGGGCAGCAUUGGAUUUCGAUCAACAGCCGCCACAAGGAAUGUUUCCGAUGUUACCACCACGUGAACGUCGGUCUAUUGAUAAUGCAUCGGCAUAUUUAAGACGAAUGAAAAGACAAUUUGAAAAUGAUUUACCAACAAAUUUUGUUUACGACGAUGAAGCAUUAAAUGCUAUGCCUGGUGGAGGAGCCGAAGGAGCGAGUCCUAAUGGAGGAAGUGAAGCACAAAAUCCAAAAGAUCGUUGGAUUAUUUAUUUAACUCCAAUGAUAUUAAAAAUUCUUGCAGAUGUAUUAUGCUUUUAUAUGGCUCGUUUAGCAUGUAAACUUUGUAUGCAACGAAUAUGUUUUGCUCUACCGAUAACAUUAGUUACGCCAUUAGCAUUAACAAUAUUACUUGUUAUGUGUUCAGUUGCACCGGAAUCAACUGUUUUCAUUCAAAACUUUCUUUUUUGGAGUUGUUAUGCUGAUUAUGCAAAAGAAUCAUUUAAAUGGCAAGUUAUCUGUGGUUUAUUUCUAUGGUGGCUAUCGGAAUUAUGGAUCGGUGGACAUAUUUGGUUUGGUAAAAAGCAACGUUUAGCAUUUACAGAACGUUUAUUUGUUUCACCACGUUAUUGUGCAACCUUACUUGAACAAUCGUUAAUGAUGAACAGACGACGAAACGAACGCGAUGAAUUAUUAGGUGGUAUCUAUGAUGAAAUGAGUACAACCAAUGGCGAAUCCGAAUUCGAUGAGCAAAGUAUUGAAGAAUUAUCAAUGGAAAAAAAAUUAAGUGCCGAUGUACAUACGAAAAUAUAUUCAUGCGCAACAAUGUGGCAUGAAACUGAAACGGAAAUGUUACAAUUAUUAAAAUCAAUUAUGAGAUUGGACAGUGACCAAUGUGCACGUCGAACAGCUCGAAAUUAUUUACAUCUAAAAGAUCUUGAUUACUACGAAUAUGAAGGUCAUAUAUUUUUUGAUGAUGCUACAGAAGAAGAUGAUAAUAAUGAACAAGUACCCAAUAAAUUUGUCCAACAAUUACUUGGCGUUGUUGAUCGUGCUGCUACAGCGAUUCAUCAAUGUCCAAUGAAAAUUCCUCCACCCUAUAAAACUCCAACACCCUAUGGUGGUCGAUUAACAUGGAUACUACCAGGUGGAAAUUUUCUUAUUGCGCAUAUAAAAGAUAAAACCAAAAUACGACAUAAAAAACGCUGGAGUCAAGUUAUGUACAUGUACUAUUUACUUGGCUAUCGUUUAUUUGGUGAUUUAAAUAUCAUAGAAAAGUUAUACAAAAGAAAACGAAAGAAGAAUUCAUCUAAAAAUAAAUCGAAAUUAUUUAAAGGUUUUGGUAAUUUAUUGAAUAAUAUGGAUAAUAAAAAACGUAUACAAAUGGAAAAUACAUAUUUAUUAGCACUUGAUGGCGAUGUUGAUUUUCAUCCUGAAGCUGUACGUUUACUUGUCGAUCGUAUGAAAAAAAAUAAAAAAGUCGGAGCUGCUUGUGGACGUAUUCAUCCAAUUGGAAGUGGUCCUGUUGUUUGGUAUCAAAAAUUUGAAUAUGCUAUUGGUCAUUGGCUUCAAAAAGCUGCCGAACAUAUUCUAGGUUGUGUGAUGUGUAGUCCAGGUUGUUUUAGUCUUUUUCGUGGUUCAGCAUUAAUGGACGAUCAUGUUCUUCGUACAUAUUGUACGAAAUCAGUUGAAGCUCGACACUAUGUACAAUAUGAUCAAGGGGAAGAUCGUUGGUUAUGUACACUUUUAUUACAAGAAGGAUAUCGUGUUGAAUAUUGUGCUGCAUCGGAUGCUCUUACCUAUGCACCAGAAUCAUUUCAUGAAUUUUUUAAUCAGCGUCGAAGAUGGGUACCAUCAACUAUUGCAAAUAUUAUGGAUUUUCUAGCUGAUUAUAAAAGAAUUGUAAUUAUUAAUGAUAGCAUAUCAUAUUUAUACAUAAUCUACCAAUUGUUCUUAAUGGUUUCAACGGUUCUUGGUCCAGCAACAGUACUUCUGAUGAUUAUCGGUGCAUUCAAUGCUUGUUUUGGUACAAGUCUUUGGCAAUCGAUGUAUAUGUCUGUGUUGCCUGCAUUCUUCUAUCUGCUGCUAUGUUUUCAUACAACAACUGAUUUUCAAAUUCGUGCGGCCGCAUUUUUCUCGGCUGUCUAUGCUAUAAUUAUGAUGUCAGUUAUUGUUGGUACCACCAUUCAAAUAGCAGAAGAUUCUUGGACAUCUCCGAAUGCUGUGUUUUUAAUGUUACUAUUUUCUAUAUUCUUUAUUGCUGCUUGUAUGCAUCCACAAGAAUUUUGGUGUAUUGUACCUGGUCUAUUAUAUUUCUUAUGCAUACCCAGUGGAUAUUUAUUUUUACUCAUCUAUUCACUUUGUAAUCUUAAUAUAGUAUCAUGGGGUACGAGAGAAGCACCGAAAAAAGUGAAAAAAAAUCAAACCAAAGAAGAAAUUGAACGUGCAAGAAUGCAAGAAUUAUCACAAGUGAAGCAAAAAUCAGCUGGCUUUUUUAAUCAAGUAUUUGCAAAUUUUAACUUUAAAAAAUAUGAUCAACGAGUACGAUCGUAUGCACGUAAAUGGCUUGGUCUUGAACAAUCAGGUCUCAAUGGUAUCUUAUUGAAACAAAUUUUAGGCGCUGUUGAACGAAUGGAAAAAUAUAAAUUUGAUGAAGAAAUGGAAGCCGUAGCAACGACAGGUCUCUAUCCACCAACAAAUAAACCACCAACAGGCUCUGAAAUCGAUGCUAAAUAUAGUCUAAUGCAAUUAGCAGCUCAUACUAGUUCUCCUCAAACAACAGGUGUACCUACUAAUCGUGCUAGUUAUCCACAAAUAGAUCCUCAGCAACAAUUAGUUUAUCGUGGACUCAACAAUGCACGCAGUACACCCUAUGGACAAGUUAUGUCUUAUGCUGGUGUUUCUCGACCAUUCGAAUCUCCACAAGUUAUUAAACGCGAUGAAUUAGUUAAUCCUGCAUGGAUAUUUCAUGAAUCGUUACUUGACUCGGAAGUUGUUAUGCUUGAUCCACGUGAAGUGAAAUUUUUUCAACAAUUAAUUGAACGUUAUCUAUAUCCAUUAGUCGAAGAUAAAGAUCAUCAAAAGAAAAUCGUUCGUGAUCUUAAAUCAUUACGUAACAAUGGUUGUUUCAUAUUCUUUAUGAUCAAUACUCUAUGGCUUGUUAUUAUAUUUUCAUUUCAACUCGUCUCCGAACGUAUACGUGAUUAUAUGUUUAUACCAAUAAAACGUUUACAUAAUGAACCCUUACGUUUUGAGCCGCUUGGUUUUGGAUUUUUAGUGUUUUUUGCAACUAUUUUACUUGUACAAUUUGUUUCUAUGUUAUGGCAUCGUUAUGGAACAUUAUUACAUUUAUUAGCCUCAACAGAUUUGAAAGUGGGUCAAAGAGGCAGUGGAAAAAGUGGUCGUGGUCAUCGACGUGGUGAUUUUACAGCAGAUAAUGUUGAAGAUGCUGUUGAACAAGUGAAAGUUUUACAACGAUUGAAAGGUUUCGAUGAAGAAGAUCUACCUGAACCUGAUUACGAUAUCAAUGAUGAUGAUAUGCAAGCAACAGAACCUGAUCUAUCAACAACAGGACUUGUCUAUCGUGGUCAGGGACCAAGAUAUAUGAAGAAUUCUGCUUGUACAUCACAACAAUGGAGUGAAAUAGCUAAAGUAAAUGAUAUGCAACGAAAUUUGGAUACAACUGAUCAUAGUGAAAUAAGUCAAAUGGCUGGUUAUAUCUCGGGUUCAGUUAAAACAUAUGGAACGAGUUAUGAUGCAAUAAAACGGCGACAAAUAUCGAAUAAACGUCAUCUAUAUAAUAAAUCUCUUGAUCAUGUAUUUAAAUCGCGUUAUCACGCAUUGACACAACAACAACAACAACAACCAAAUAAAAAUGCACGCGGUAAAUUAAGCGAUGUCUUUCAACAAAAUCAAUUAGUUCUACCAAAAAACAGACGUACACCAAGUGCAUUAACAGUACGUGAUAGCGUUGCCGCUGCUAAUAAUAAUAAUCAACAACCAGCAAUUUCAAAAAAGCAUCGAAGAAAGUCUAAAGAUCGACAUUUAGAACAUUUGUAG